AUGACAACUCAACUCUUGUCUCGCAUUGCUUGUAAAUCUUUGCUUCCGAAGGUUGUCGCACAACCUGAACAACUCCUGCCAACCUUGCUGAAAAGUAAGAGUAUCGGAUGGUCUGGCUUCACCGGAGUAACAUAUCCCAUUCGUGCCUUGCAGCCGUUGCUGGAUUAUGCUGAACAAAACCGAUUGCCACAAGUAGACCACAAAUAUGACCUGUUUGUUUGUGCUUCCGGUGGAACGAUUACCGAAUCUAAAAUGGCAGAAUUAGGACUGAUUUCAAGCCGUGUGCCUUAUCAAGUUAGCAAGUCUGUGAGCAAGAAAAUUAAUUCGGGAGAAAUUGCAUUCACAGACACACACCUGGGUAUGUUUCCACAGGAGAUGCAGUACAAUCAUUAUCGACGAAUGAAUAAUGGUCGCAUUGAUACCGUUGUUGUCGAAGCCUCGGCUAUUAAGGAAGAUGGUAGCAUUGUUCCUGGAGCGUCCAUUUGCGUAACACCAGAGCUUGUUCAGCUGGCCGACAAAGUAAUCAUUGAAGUCAAUACGCAGAUUCCCAGCUUCGAAGGCUUCCACGAUGUAGUUACGCUGCCACUCCCGCCGCACAGAACGCCUUUACGCGUUUCAAGUCCUUCUGAUCGCAUUGGGCAAACUUCGAUUCCUUGUCCCCUCUCCAAGGUUGCCGGUAUCAUUGAAGGCUCCAGCGGUUUAUUUAUUAGUGCGAAUGCUAAAGGCGAUGCGGCAACCAAAGCCAUCGCCGGAUGGAUUGUCGAGUUUCUUGAACAUGAAGUCCAAAUGGGGCGCUUACCGGAAGCGCUUCUUCCCCUCCAGUCAGGAAUUGGUAAAAUAGCCAACUCCGUUAUUGAAGGACUCGACCAGUCCAACUUUAAGAACGUUUCUGUGUGGACCGAGGUGCUACAGGAUGGGUUUUUACCUUUGUUUGACUCGAACAAAAUUAGUGUUGCCUCUUCCACGUCCAUCAGAUUGUCAACUGAGGGUUUUGAACACUUUUUCAACAACUGGGACUUUUACAAGUCUCGGAUCAUUCUUCGGCAACAAUCCAUUACUAAUAGUCCUGAGAUUAUACGCCGUCUGGGUUGUAUUUCUCUUAACACGCCUUUGGAGCUGGAUAUUUAUGGUCAUGCAAACAGCACAUGUGUCAAUGGCAGUAGAAUGCUGAAUGGAUUGGGUGGUUCAGGCGACUUUUUGAGAAAUGCAAAGCUGUCAAUUAUGCAUACUAUGUCCACAAGACCAACAAAAUCUGAUCCUUUGGGCAUUUCGUGCAUUGUACCUCGUGUGACACAUGUCGAUCACACGGAACAUGACAUGGACAUAUUUGUUACCGAACAAGGUUUAGCUGACUUGCGUGGAUUGUCACCAAAAGAACGUUCAAUUGAGAUAAUACGCAAGUGCGCACAUCCUGCCUACCAACCAAUCUUGUUCGACUACUUCCAACAAGCUGAACAGAAGUGUCUCAAACGAGGAUGUGCUCACGAGCCUCACAUGCUUGACAAAAUCUUUAAGAUGCACGAACACUUGGAGACUGACGGGACGAUGAGAAUUCAAAAGUGGUAG